AUGAAGGCUACACGUGUGUUUUUCAUCGCAGCUGCUGGCGUCGUUGCCCUCCAGGCUGCCCCGGGCCAAGGGGUGCGCCUGAGGGGCUGGCAGCAAGGCCAAUAUUCAACGGAAAAUGAGCAGGCUUUCGUUCAGAAUAGUCUACAGUUCGGGCAGGUCUACGAGGAAGUCCCCGUUGAAGUGGGUGCCGACGGUAGUUUAAGUAUCUCUCUCGUGGCCCAGGCCGCGCAUCCCGGAAGCGAAAGCAGCGCUGAAAGCUAUUCCUUGCCUCCGGUGGAGGAAACCGUCACUGAUUAUGCGGGAGAACAUGUAAUUGAGGAAGAGGGCGCCGCGGGAGGUGAGCAGGCAGGAAACGAAGCCGGAGAGUUCCAGGUCGACGAGACCCAGUAUUAG